UGUUUCCUUUUGGGCGUUCCUACAACAGUCGUUCUCUUUUUUGGUGGCCUCGCUUUUUUGAACUUUGAUUCUUGGGCGGUGAGAACUUUUUGGGAUGCCUCAUGCCUUCCACGGGUCUAUAUAAGAAGGGGCUCAGGUGGAGCAACGUUGCACUGAAGGAAGGAGAGAAAGAGGUGUGAGGAAAGGUAUCCAAGAAAGACUCUUGCAGCUUCUAAGGUAGAACCCCUCCGCAGAGAGCUCUAUAAAUUCCUAGCUUCAUUUCACAGAACAGUCCUUGUUAAGGUUCUCUCCAUUUCUCUUCUCCCCUCCAAUAUUCUCCUAGCUCUUCUCUUCUCUAUAAGAAGACUAGUCUUUUUGGUUCUCUCUCUGUUGGAUCACAUCAGCAGCCUUGUUUAACUCUGGUUUGCUUGCCCAUUUCAAGGAAAAGCUGUGAAUGGUCUUUUUCCAGGACCAUUUUGUGAUUGCCCAAAAGCAAAGCACCAGCCUGUUUUAGUCUUUUCCCAGACCUAAAUCCAGCAAUCCCCAUAGCUUAUAUUGAACCAUUCUGCCUGAGUUUAUAGGCACCUCUAUAUAUUCUUCUACUCUACAGUUCUCUUCCUUAUUUUGAGGUAAAAAUAAAGAGGCACCAUGGGGGGCACCUUAGAAUACUUCUCAGGCUUGUUUGGCAGCAGCCGCAGGCACAGGAAGAGGAAGCAGUUCCAGACUGUGGAGCUCAAGGUCAGGAUGGAUUGUGAUGGCUGCGAACUCAAAGUUAAAAAUGCUCUCUCCUCAAUGAAAGGAGUUAAAUCUGUGGACAUCAAUAGAAAGCAGCAGAAGGUGACUGUGAGUGGAUAUGUUGAGCAACACAAGGUCCUGAAGAAGGCGCAAUCCACAGGCAAAAAGGCUGAGAUAUGGCCUUACGUUCCUUACAACCUGGUCAUGCACCCAUAUGCUGCCCAUGCCUAUGACAAGAAGGCACCCCCAGGCUAUGUGAGGAAUGUGGAGGCCAUCACCAUCUCCAGCCAGCCAUUUAGGCAGGAGGACCAGCUCACCAACUUGUUCAAUGAUGACAACCCAAAUGCCUGCUCAAUUAUGUGAAGGAGAACAGAUCCAAAGAGAUGGAGUUUUUUUUUCCCUAUUAUUUCAAGAGGCCCCAGCUGAGCCCUUUCAGUUUCCCUGUCAUGAUCAAAGUUAAAAGAGGUUUAUAUUUAUUUGUUUCUAUAUAUUAAAAUUUAGGUGGCUUGGAUUGGAAGAGAUGUAGCUUUGCAGUAAAGAAGUGUUGGCCUGUCUUGUCUCUUCGGAGCAGAUGAGUCUGGAAUAGUCUCCCUCCUGGGACCAGUUGGAAGGUGUAGGUUCUUAUGGAAUAGCCACAGAUCAUCUACUCUGCUGUCCUUUCGAAUAAGGUUGCAGUUUAUUUUAUUCCUGA